UCUCACCUGCUGACCAAGGCAGGGCUGAGUGCUGAGGUUUGGGACCAGGGAACAGAUUCAGAGCUGCUUCCUCUCCCGAAGCCCUGCAUCAGGCACAGCUCAUAGAGCAUUUCUCUGCAAUCUGCAGCGUUUUUGUUUUCAGCUCCUCCCUCCCCUUAGUCAGCAUCUUUUCAUGGAGCUUCUCUGAUUCUAAUUCCACUAUGAAGCAGCUGUCAGCAGAAACUGUUCGUCUCCUUUCAAGUUCUCAAGUGAUUACAUCAGUUGUCAGUGUGGUGAAGGAGCUGACAGAAAACUCCUUGGAUGCCGGUGCCACAGCUAUUGACAUUAAACUGGAGAAUUACGGGUUUGACAAAAUAGAAGUAAGAGACAAUGGCAAUGGAAUCAAGGUUGCUGAUGUUCCUGUUAUGGCAAUUAAACACUACACCUCAAAAAUAAGCUCUUCUGAGGAUCUUGAAAGGUUGACAACAUAUGGUUUCCGUGGGGAAGCCCUGGGAUCAAUUUGUUGUAUAUCAGAGGUUUUGAUCACAACAAAGACAGCUGAUGAUGAUAUCAGCACUCAGUAUGUUUUGGAUAGUAGUGGACAUAUAACUUCCCAAAAGCCUUCCCAUCUUGGUCAAGGUACAACAGUAACAGUCCUGAAGUUAUUUAAGAAUCUUCCUGUGAGAAAGCAGUUUUACUCAACAAAUAGAAAAUGUAAGGAAGAACUGAAAAAAGUCCAGGACCUCCUGAUAGCAUAUGGCAUCAUAAAGCCAGAACUGAGAGUAACCUUUGUACAUAAUAAGGCAGUUAUUUGGCAGAAGAACAGGGUGUCAGAUCACAAAAUGGCCUGUAUGUCAGUUCUGGGAACAGCCGUAAUGGGCAGUAUGGUACCUUUUCAGCACCACUGUGAAGAUCCUGAGAUAAAUCUUUCUGGAUUUCUCCCAAAAGCUGAGUCAGACAGCUCUUUGACAAGUCUCUCAAGCUCAGAGCGGAGUUUUAUUUUUAUAAAUGAUCGUCCAGUUCAUCAGAAGGAGAUACUAAAGUUAAUUCGACAAUACUACAGUGUGCUGAUGCAAAAGGACAGCGCACGCUUGUACCCUGUGUUCUUUCUGAAUAUUACUGUACCUGCCUCUGCUGUGGAUGUGAAUUUAACACCUGAUAAAACUGAAGUUCUACUGCACUGUAAGGAGUCUGUCUUAUUUGCUGUUGAAAACGUGUUGAAAUCUUUGUAUGGGCCACUACCUGCUACGGUCUCUGGUGAAGCUAAUAAAACAGAUAUUACCUCAGAAGACAUGUUUGUUCAUAAAGCAGAACAAACAGAUGUGGUUGUUAAUGAAAUGGAACCAUCUGGAAACAAUGAUCUACAUGCUCAUACUUCAUUCCUUUCAUUCAGCAGUGAUGUGCAAAGUUGUCAAGCAGGAAAAAACACAGAGACCUGUUUAAACCAUCAGAUAUUCUCUGGUGAUACUGUACAUAGUCACCUAGAAGAAAAAGAAGCUUCUAAGAAUGAUGCCUUUCAAGAAGGUUCCUUACAUUUAUUAUGUGAGGAGGAGCAGAAUGGACAAAAUACAACUGGCAUUCCAAGUAACAGUGCUCCUAUAGUUCCUGAGUCUAAAAAAGAUGGUGGACACUUUUUAAGUUCUGAUAAUGCUGAGGAAGCCUUAGUCCCUGAAGACUUACAUGAAAUCUCUGCUGAUAAUUGGAGUAUGGGAAAUGCAUUUAAAAACUCCUCAGGAGACAACCUGGAACCUGUUAAGGUCUUAAUUCCUGAAGUUGGAGGAGCGACUAAUCAGCAAAGUGAACAAAGUGAUGAACAAAGCCAUGAUCCACAAAUCCCAAAUCAAAGUUUAAGGAAAACAAAUGUAAUAAAUGAUAAAACAGGACAAGUAACAGCUUAUGACUUAAUUAGUAGUCGAAUAAUAAGGAAACCUAAGUCUGCAUUUGAACUCUUCACCCAAGAAUAUCGUUCAAAAUUAUUUUCUGAAAAUCCAAGGUAUAGCAUGAAGGACAUCCUACUGAAAAUUGAAGGGCAGUGGAAGAAUUUAAAUGAAGAAGAAAAGCAGGAUUAUGAAAUAAAAGCUGCUAGAGACCUGGAGCGGUACAACAGAGAGGCUAGUAAAGCCAUGCAACAAGCAGCACGCAGACCCGUAAAGGAGACAGAAAGGCAGAAGCCCAGGCUGAAGGCUUCCCUACCCAACCAGCAGAAGCUUGACAAAAUGUUGCACAUUCAAAUUGAAAAGAAGCAGAAGUCUAAUCAGCCUGUGAAAGUUGUUACAGUGCCUUUUUCUCUGAGUUCCUGUAGACAUCAGUUUCAGAGGCAUGAGAAGAGUGAUUCAGAGAAACAUGAGCUUUGCCUGAUCCGUCGUCAGAGUUUUCCUGAUAUCUGGAUAUUUGCAACUGAAAAAAAGCUAAUGUUGCUGAAUCCAUAUAGAUUGGAAGAAGCCCUGCUGUGUAAAAGAUUGCUGAUGAAUCAUAAGCUUCCAGUAGAGAAACUGGACAAUCCAGUUGUGUUAUCAGACAGUCUUCUUGGUGAAUCCCACUAUAUGGAUGCUCUUCAUAAAAUGCAGAAGGAUUACCAGAGACUGAAUGGAUCAAGUUAUUUGUCAGAUCCAAGGCUUGUAGCAAAUGGCUUCCAGAUAAAAGUGAUAGAAGGUGCUUCAGCUACAGAAAGCCACAUGGAAAUAGAAGGAAUGGCUAAUUGUUUGUCAUAUUAUGGUGUUUCUGAUUUGAAAGAAAUUCUGAAUGCAGUGAUUAAUAGAAAUGCAAAGGAAGUAUAUGAAUGUAGGCCUCUCAAAGUGAUAAAUUACUUGGAGGGAGAAGCAGUGCGUUUAGCUCGGCAGCUGCCCUUACAUUUGUCAAAAGAAGAUGUAGAAAACACAAUUUACAGGAUGAAGCAACAGCUUGGAAGGGAAAAUAAAAGCUGUGUUCAUGGUCGUCCUUUUUUUCAUCACUUAACAGAUAUUCCAGAAGUUAACAAGCCAUAACUGCAAGGAAAUUAUUCAGUAAAUGGAACAUUUUGUUUGGGAUCAAAUUUCUCUUGCUUAAUUUUGAUCAUUAUUCUGUAACUUUAGCACGUUUGGUGUAAAGUUUUUGUAUAAUUACUUUUCAUUUUCUUAAGUUCACCUUCUUUAUAUUUUUUAUUUAAAUUCAAAUACUACUUGAGAAAUGGAAAUAAAAAUUGUAGAGAAAAGCUCUACUAUUUUUUUAAAGAGUUUAUUAAAGAAAUGGUCUCAACUGGUUUGAUGCUUUUCUCAUUGCUGCAGAUUUAGAAAAUAUCAGUAUGUCAAAAUGUUUUAGAUAUGGUUAUAGGCUGCUUUCAACAGAGCUUGGCAAAAUUUAUUGCACUGUGACAAGAUACAUUAAUUUUUAAAGGAAGCCAGGUAGUAGUAGGUAUUUAAAUGUGGUGCCACUAUAUAUUGUUAUUAUUAGCACAUAUUUACGUUGUUGCAUUUCUAUUUAGAAAUAGUUAGAUUUUGUAAAUGAGUAUUGAAGUCCUGGAGUUCAGUCUCUGAAAAGCUUUUCUAUAAACUAUGCAGAUAACUCAGAGUAUUUAUAAUCUUCAGAUGCAAAGCUGUGAUUCUUAGAAGUACACUACACUAUUAAAACCUAAGGUUAAAAACUGGUGAGUUAUUUAAAAGAUGAAUGGAUCAGAGUCAUGAGAGUACAGGAUAGCACUGAAAGCAGAUGUUAACAGGCUUGUGAUAGUGCAAUACUAUACAUAAACUGUUUGCCAUUUGGAAGCAGACAGUCCUCAGUCAAAAAGAGCAUGGCAUAAUUAGGGAGAAGUCUGCUAUAUAAUGAGCUGAUGAUGGUGGUAAACUUGUUCAUUCUGUUUCUACCAUAAUGUAGUGUUUACUCCUGCAUUUCAGUCACUAGGCUACUUCCAUAAAUUUACUAGAUUAUGCCUUCUGUGCAACACAAUGUCUCUGGAAGAGUAUGUUUAAAAGUUUCAAGAAAGAUCACCUGUAAA